UAUGCAGGGAGCAUCGUUGAGCCACUGUUCCUCGUUUCCCUUCUGAUUGCUCCAUGGCGGUUGAACAGUCUCUCUUCCAUUCCAGGCAGUGCAGAUCGCGUCCGACCUCCAGCAGCUACCGGCCGCUCUAAAGUCUAUCUGAGAGCACCCAUGAACGGAUCUAAGUACAAUGUCCAAGCACUGAGGAGGAGACUCUGCAAGAAAUCUGACCAUACGUGAUGCAACAGGUGCAGCGGAGGUGCUUCGAUGAGACCUCUGAGUGCUCAGCGGUACUAUACCAUUCUCCUGCAACAUUGAUCAUCUUAGGCUUUUUGUCGCAACUGCAUAUGUUGAGAUCAUGUGCACGUCAGCACGAACGCGGCCACGGAUGUCGGUGCGCUACUAGAAGCGGGAUUGAAUGUUCUUGGAAAUCCUCCCAACUUCUUGUCGACGGAUCUCUCCCCCUUUUGGCUCAGGUCGUGCUCGCAGCGUCCACCAUGAUCCUCUCCAUUGAAUGCGGGCCGUCAAUAGUAGAG